UCAACUUUCUCUAAAUCCAAACAUCUGUAAUCUCCAUCAUGAAAAUUUCACUAACUCCUUCUGUCUCACUGUCUUGAUCUAACUUUUUGAUUUCUGAAUUGCAGUUGCUGGAAGGUUGAAUUUUUUAUCGAAAUGUGCUCUACCUUCAUUGUUUUCAUUGAAGAGAAUUCGUGCUCUCAUUGUGUUCUGGGACUUGUGUGCAAAUGUUAAAGAACAGGAUUUAUGUGAAUGUCAUCAAUUAUUGUAUUCUCUGUUGAUGGUGUUCAGUUCUGAGUGCCUUGGAUAAGCUAUAGUUACUGACACGCGAUGUCUUCAGCUCAAGAUCCAUUUUAUAUAGUGAAGGAGGAAAUUCAAGAAUCUAUUGAUAAGCUGCUAUCUACUUUUCACCAAUGGGAACGGGCUUCUUCUGAUCCUGAAGACCAAAUGCAUCUGGCAAAUGAGCUAGUUACUGGUUGUGAGAGCAUUGCAUGGCAGGUGGAUGAGCUAGACAAAACAAUUUCUGUAGCAGCUAGAGAUCCUUCUUGGUAUGGGAUUGAUGAGGUGGAGCUCGAAAAACGAAAGAGAUGGACUAGCACUGCUCGUGUUCAGGUGGGCAAUGUGAAGAAAGCAGUUGUAGCUGGAAAAGAGGUGAACAGUAAUGGAACUACCAGCGUAAAUGGGAUGCGCAGAGAGUUAAUGAGGCUGCAAAAUUCUCACCAGACAGAUAAAUCCAACCUGUAUACUCAAGAUAAUGAUGAUUUCAUACAAUCAGAAUCAGAUCGACAAAUGCUUCUUAUAAAGCAACAGGAUGAGGAGUUGGAUGAGCUUAGUGCAAGUGUGGAGCGUAUUGGAGGUGUUGGGCUUACUAUACAUGAAGAACUCCUUGCACAGGAAAAGAUUAUAGAUGAUUUGGGUAUGGAAAUGGACAGUACAUCAAAUCGUCUCGAUUUUGUUCAGAAAAAAGUGGCUAUGGUCAUGAAGAAAGCCAGUGCGAAGGGGCAGAUCAUGAUGAUUUUAUUUUUGAUAGUUUUGUUCAUCAUUUUAUUUGUUCUGGUCUUUCUUACUUAAACCUAUAAAAUAAGCAGCCACAGCCUGCGAUGUGCCUACACAAGAGAAUGUGCAACGAGGAAAUUGGAGUCAAGCCUAGAAAUACUGAACUGAAACGAGAUAGCUGUUGAAGGUUUCGGCAGCAUUUGAACUUGACUGCCAUUUGAUUUGUUGCAGUUUCUAGUCAUGAAAUAUCAUGCAUGAUUGGUUCA